UUUCCCCCCCCGGUACUGUCCAUGCGAACCAAGAUGGCAGCAUUUCGACUUGUCCGACCAUUUCAUACUCUUGUAAGAAGACUGCAAUCAGUUCCUGUUUUAAAAUCCAUGCCGAGAACUUUGUUGAAUGAGACAUUUUUUGAUGGUCAACAGUGUAAAUAUGCGAGUUCAUUUAAACGGUUUCAGUCAACAGUAUCUACUGAAGAAGGCACCGAUACAACAGAAGAAACAGAAAAACCUAAAUCUUGGUUUAUAAGAUGGCUGCACGGCGAAAUCCCAGAACAAAAAGUGGCAACUAUAGAAGAAAUAGAUGAACGUAGAAUUCUCUUGGAAAAGGUUCAAGAAAUGUACUUCUCAAACCCACCCAAGGCUCCUGGAAUAGAAUUCUAUACAGAAGCAUUUCAUUUAUUAAUAAAAUAUAAUGACAGGGUUGGAGUUGAAAACCUUUAUGAAGUGAUGAAGGAAGAGAAGAUACCUGCUGAUGAUAAACUAAUAGAGCAGAUUGAAUCAUAUAUUGUGAAAGCUCGAGAAGAAGCGUGGACUUGGUCAUUGCAAAAUCAUCUUGUGAUGUACCUAUGCUAUGUUAUCCUACAAGAGGCACGGUAUUUGAUGUUUUAGGUUAAAGGCCUUAUGUUUCUUAAUUCAAUAUAUAAGGAUGGAAACUAUGUUUUGACUAGAUUUUAAUCACCAUAGCUUAUAGUCAACUUAAUUUAUAAUCAAUAUAAUGGUGACUGCAGUCUUAUCAAAACAUAUUGGAGUCAAUGUUCUUUUGUAUUUUAUUAAAAGUAUGGGACUGUACUUCCCAUAAUUAUAAUUAAAUAUUUGAUAAGGUUCAAUAGAGUGCUUCAGAUCUACCAUGGCAUUGAGUUAAGUUAAAUCCUUUACACAAGUUUGAACUUCCUACAUUCAUUUUUUGAUUUAUUUCAUCCAGUCUUAAUCAAAGAAAUAAUCCGAAUUUUGCAACAAAGUCAGAAACAU